AUGGACCCACCUGGUAUUAGUCUUGGUACAGACCCACCUGGUAUUAGUCCUAGUAUGAAGCCACCUGGUAUUAGUCCUGACAUGGACCCACCUGGUAUUAGUCCUGGUAUGGACCCAGCUGGUAUUAGAACUAGCAUGGACCCACCUGGUAUUAGUCCUGAUAUGGAUCCAUCUGGUAUUAGAACUAGUAUGGAUCCACCUGGUAUUAGUCCUGGUAUGGACCCACCUGGUAUUAGUCCUGGUAUGGACCCACUUGGUAUUAGAACCAGAAUGGACCCACCUGUUUUUAGUCCUAGUAUGGACCCACCUGGUAUUAGUCCUGGUAUGGACCCAACUGAAAUUAGUCCUGGUAUGGACCCACCUGGUAUUAGUCCUGGUAUGGACCCACCUGGUAUUAGAACUAGUAUGGACCCAUCUGGUAUUUGUCCUGGUAUGCACCCAUCUGAUAUUAGUCCUAGUAUGGACCCACCUGGUAUUAGUCCUGGUAUGGACCCACCUGAUAUUAGUCCUGGUAUGGACCCACCUGGUAUUACUCCUGGUAUGGACACACCUGUUAUUAGAACUAGUAUGGACCCACUUGGUAUUAGUUCUAGUAUGGACCCACCUGGUAUUAGUCCUGGUACGGACUCACCUGGUAUUAGAACUAGUAUGGAUCCACCUGGUAUUAGUCUUGGUAUGUACCCACCUGGUAUUAGUCCCAGUAUGGACCCACCUGGUACUAGUCCUAGUAUGGACCCACCUGGUAUUAGUCCUAGUAUGGACCCACCUGAUAUUAGUCCUGGUACAGACCCACCUGGUAUUAGUCCUGAUAUGGACCCAUCUGGUACUGAAACUAGUAUGGACCCACUUGGUAUAAGUCCUAGUAUGGACCCACCUGGUAUUAGUCCUGGUAUGGACCCACCUGGUAUUAGUCCUAGUAUGGACCCACCUGGUAUUAGUUCAAGUAUGGACCCACCUGCUAUUAGUCCCGGUAUCGAUCCACCUGGUAUUAGUUCUGGCAUGGACCCACCAGGUAUUAGUCCUAAUAUGGACCCACCUGGUAUUAAUCCUGGCAUGGACCCACCUGCUAUUAGUCCUGGUACGGACCCACCUGGUAUUAGAACAAGCAUGGACCCAACUGGUAUUAGUCCUGAUACGGAUCCAUCUGGUAUUAGAACUAGUAUGGAUCCACCUGCUAUUAGUCCUCGUAUGGACCCACCUGGGAUUAGUCCUGGUAUGCACCUACCUGGUAUUAGAACUAGAAUGGACCCACCUGGUUUUAGUCCUAGUAUGGACCCACCUGGUAUUAGUCCUGGUAUGGACCCAAUUGAAAUUAGUCCUGGUAAGGACCCACCUGGUAUUAGUCCUGGUAUGGACCCACCUGAUAUUAGUCCUAGUAUGGACCCACCUGGUAUUAGUCCUGGUAUGGACCCACCUGAUAUUAGUCCUGGUAUGGACCCACCUGGUAUUAGUCCUGGUAUGGACACACCUGGUAUUAGAACUAGUAUGGACCCGCUUGGUAUUAGUCCUAGUAUGGAUCCACCUGGUAUUAGUCCUGGUAUGGACUCACCUGGUAUUAGAACUAGUAUGGAUCCACCUGGUAUUAGUCUUGUUAUGGACCCACCUGGUAUUAGUCCUGGUAUGGACCCACCUGGUACUCGUCCUAGUAUGGACCUACCUGGUAUUAGUCCUGGUAUGGACUCACCUGGUAUUAGUCCUAGUAUGGACCCACCUGGUAUUAGUCCUGGUAUGGACCCACCUGAUAUUAGUCCUGGUAUGGACCCACCUGGUAUUAGUCUUGAUACGGACCCAUCUGGAACUGGAACUAGUAUGGACCCACUUGGUAUUAGGCCUAGUAUGGACCCACCUGGUAUUAGCCCUGGAAUGGACUCACCUGGCAUUAGAACUAGUGUGGAUCCACCUGGUAUUAGUCCUGGUAUGGACCCACCUGGUAUUAGUCCUGGUAUGGACUCACCUGGUAUUAGUCCUAGUAUGGACCCACCUGGUAUUAGUCCUGGUAUGGACCCACCUGGUAUUAGUCCUGGCAUGGACCCACCUGGAAUUAGUCCUAGUAUGGACCCAUCUGGUAUUAGUACUAGCAUGGACCCACCUGUUAUUAGUCCUGGUACGGACCCACCUGGUAUUAGAGCUAGCAUGGACCCACCUGGUAUUAGUCCUGAUAUGGAUCCAUCUGGUAUUAGAACUAGUAUGGACCAACAAGGUAUUAGUCCUAGUAUGGACCCUCCUGGUAUUAGCCCACGUACGGACCCACUUGGUAUUAGUCCUGGUACAGACCCACCAGGUAUUAGAUUUAAUAUGGACUGA